AUGGCACUGUUAGUUUACGUUGACGACAUUCUCAUUUCUGGCCCUUCUAUGUCUGAUAUUCAGCAGGUCAAGCAACAUCUUCAUGAGCUCUUCACGAUUAAAGAUAUUGGUACAGCUCAUUAUUUCCUUGGUUUGGAGAUUGCCCGUAGCUCCGACGGUGUUUUUGUGCCACAGAACAAAUAUGUCUUGGAUAUCAUACAAGAUACAGGGCUAUGUCAUGCUAAAUCUACUUCCACCCCUCUUCCUCAUGGCUUGAAACUUGUGGCUUCUUCUGGUGCUCUGCUUUCCAAUCCCGAUGCUUACCGACGCCUUGUUGGACGCCUUCUUUACUUGGAUUUUACUCGUCCCGAUAUUUCUCACUCAGUGCAGCAACUUAGUCAGUUCCUUAAUCAUCCUUGCGAGUCCCAUUGGAAAGCUGCCUUGCACGUCGUCCGUUAUCUUAAGGGUUGUCCCUCCAAAGGUCUGUUUUUCCCUUCUCAAAAUUCAUUUGCUCUGAAGGCUUAUUGUAAUGCUGAUUGGGCGUCUUGCCCGGACUCUCGCUGCUCCCUUACCGGCUUCUGCAUUUUUUUGGGUGAUGCUUUGGUCUCUUGGAAGACCAAGAAACAAUCCACGGUCUCUCGUUCUACGGCUGAAGCGGAGUAUCGCAGUUUGGCUGCGACUGUGUGUGAACUACGUUGGUUGUCCUUCAUUCUAGCUGAUCUUUCUGUGCCUGUCGUACUUCCCAUUGAUCUUUUUUGCGACAACAAACCCGCCCUACACAUUCUUGCGAAUCCCAUUUUCCACGAGCGCACGAAGCAUAUCGAGUUGGAUUACCAUUUGGUUCGUGAUGCCUACAAGGAGGGGUUUAUUUCGCCUUCCUUUGUCCCUAGCUCCCUUCAAUUGGCUGAUGUCUUUACUAAAGUUUUGCCUCUGAAGUCGUUCUCUAACCUGAUAUCCAAGUUGGGCCUUGAUGUUUUCUCCCAUAGUCCCACUUGUGGGGGAGCUGAUGGAAUACAAUCACUUGCAGCAGCUCAGUUGCAGUGA